AUGGCUCGCUCAAUCUGGAUUACUGCAAGAACACUUCUCUCUUCCUCUUCUUGUACUUUACCGCUUCUCCCAUCGAUAAAUGCUGCCACUUCUUCUUUUCUCUUCCAAUCCUCCAGACCUUAUUCGACCGACAACAAAAUUGCCAAGUCGCCAUUCGCAGCUAACAUUCUCAGAAUCAUCAAUAAGGAAAUCGAUUACCAGUAUGAAUAUGCCCCUCCUCAUCAGCCAGAGACGAGAUUUCAUUCAUUUACAGUGGAAGAUCGAUUAGGAGAGCAGUGGAUGAUAAUGAGGGGUAAAUAUGGUGAUAAUGAAGAUAUUAAACUUGAAGUUACAAUGUUUGAUGGGUAUGUAACUGUUCCGAAACUUGGAGAUGAUGCCUCAGGUGAAGACGUUCGUCUUCACAUAAGUGUGAUUGUUGAUAUUUCCAAAGGGGAUGGUGGUGAAAAGUUGGAGUUCUUGUGCUCAGCAUGGCCUGAUCGUUUGGAGAUUCUGAAAGUUUACUUGCUUGGGUAUGAGAAGAUGUUGGGUAGGCCUUAUAUGGGGCCUGAUUUCAGGAAGUUGAAUAGAGAGCUUCAGAAGAGGCUUCGUGAGUACUUGGAAGCAAGGGGGUUCCGAAUCAAUGGGAAAUUGGUGCCAGUUGCCCAACUUCUUGGUCAAGACAUUAAUGGGAGGAUAAAUGAUCGAGACUGA